GGGUUUAUUGCAGAAUGUCCUCGUCCAACUCCUUUUAUUGUCAGUCAACAAAAUCUGAGCGCGUCAUCCUCGAGUGAUCAAUUUACAGCGCAAGAUGGUUUGAUAACCGACGAUACGUUAACCGCCUGGUGCGCCUCUGUGAAAAACGACAUACAGUGGUUGCAAGUGGAUCUCCGAGAGGAUAAAGAUGUUAUGGCUCUCGCCCUGCAAGGGUACAACCAUUCCUGGGUGACAACAUUUUAUGUUCAGUAUAGCAGCGAUGGUGAAACGUGGUACUGUUAUGGUUCAGAAACUGGCCCCAAGGUAAAAGUUUUAUUCUAGUUCCUCCGUAAUAUUAAGGUUUUGACAAACGAUUAAAGGCGAGAGUCUGACUUUUUGGUCGUUGGGAAUUUUUUUCUGACAUAGAACAAAAAAAGCCUGCGAGCAAGCUCUCCGGGGCGCUCUGGCGACGGGGCGGGAAAAGGAAGGAGAGCUUGCAACUGUGUCUCUGGAAUUUGAAUUCCACCCCCAAUUUCUCUGUGGCUCUCUGUUGACUCGCCAAUCGGCGCGAAGCGGAAACGAGCGAGAAUGUGAGCAAAUAUUGAAAAACACGUGCCAAGGGUAUUGACGUCAUUACUUAUGUCAUCUGCGCCAAUCAGCAUUUCGCAUCGACUUAGUGGAGACGUAGUUGCAAGCUCUCUUUUCUUUCCCCGCCGGCCACCAGAGCGCCCCGGAGAGCCCAAUCGCAGGCUCGACAAAAUUUGUCGAGUUUUUUCAAUUCUUUUAUCUUCAUUGUGAAGGAGGCGUGGAUAGGGGUAAUACGAAGAACUUCAACUGAGGAGAUAUAUGUGGCUUAAAAAAAAAAAAAAUUGGAAUCCCAUCUUGUCCUUUUGGCAAGCAGCUCUCACAUUUUUUCGUGCCUGGGCCACUUCUUGCUUGUUUUAGUUAAAUAUUUAGAAGGUGACCUGCUUGGACCCUUGUCUUGCGGAUAAGUGAGCCUCAAAAGCCUUAAAAGCUGGAAAAUCUACUUUUCCCGGCGGACUGCACUUUUUUCGAGCCCUGACAUUUGGCGUAUGUCAGAUACUACUCAUACUGACCGACAGCUUUUCAAACAAGAUGUUUCGUAUUAUAUUGUUGUCAUUGAAUUACAGAACAUUAUGUGGUGUAUCAAACUCGAGGUAAACAGUUUUUUUAUCAUACACAUGUCAGUGCUCGACUUUCAGAAAAAAAAUCUUGGGGCCAACAGGCCCCCAUGUUUUCAUUUUUGGUCGCCAGAACAAGUAUUCUGGUCGCCAAAAAUUAUAUAUUAUAAGGUAUUCAAGCUUAAGGUUCAGGAAAUGGAAUACACAUUAAGAAAAACAAACUUAAGGAAUCUUAAAAAAACUUAUUUGGGAUAUUAAAGAACAAAAUCUGCAAAAUUUGUUUUGCGUCCCAUGUAUUUGCACGUUCAGAAAUGAACAUCGGUGAAACUUCAUCUAUUUCGCGGUUGCCUAACACGUGAUCGAAAGUCUCCAGAAAGAGGAAACGUCGCUAAUGUUUUCGGGCAAUGAAGUUGAUUUCGCGAGAAGUCUGUUAGACAAACAGCAUGAGUUCAACGGUACUUCAUUAGAAGUCAAUAAAAUACUUCAGAGCUUUUAUUUGGGUCGCCACGCUCAACAGAAAUUUGCGUAAAGUUGUUUACAAGAAUUGCGAAGUUCGAGUAAGCGCUGUUCGUUCUCGAUUAGCUUCGAUUAGCUUUAGCUUUUAUCAGACUAAUCUGCUAUCGAGUCCGCAAUCGAGAUACAUGUUGGGCAAAAAGAAAUUGUUUUAAAUAUCGAUGCGCUAAAAGUCAUUCCCGGAGAAACACGGGACGAUCUGUUGAGAAUUGCGAUCGAUUUGCCCGAAAGUCGAUAAGUCUUUCGUCGAAUUCAUUCAUUUCACAAUCCUCUUUCAAGUAAACGUAGAUUAGAGUGUUGAAAGAAAUCGUUAAAGCGUUUAGACAAAUCGUUAAAAUGUUUAGACAAACCGUAAGAGCGUUUGGGCAAAACGUUAGAGCGUUAGCAAAAUCGUUAGCUAUCCGUUAGUUUUGUAAAGGAUAACAGAUUAACAGUGUACGUUUACCCAAAGAAGAAAGUCACCUAUCUUGGUGGCCAGGUUGGCGACCAGCGGUGAAAAUUUAGUCGCCACUGAGUAAAAGCUGGUCGCAUUGGCGACCCCACAGGUCGCAACGUCGAGCCCUGCAUGUAUUAGGCGCCAAGAAGCGAAUUAAGAGGAGAUGUUAGGAUUAAGUUGUGAACCCAACCUCUUCCCAACCCCCCUCGCCCCCAAAAAGAAAACAGAAAAGAAAGGUGAAAAAUACAUAAAAUUAUAAUAAUAAUAAUAAUAAUAAUAAUAAUAAUAAUAAUAAUAAUAAUAAUAAUAAUAAUAAUAAUAAUAGUAAUAAUCAUAAAUAUUAACAAUGAUAGUAAUAAUAAUAAUAAUUAUAUUAUCGAAUCUAAGACAGUAAGGUACAUUUGCUGGUAUAUCUUGCUGAUACACACGUGCUAAAAUUGAUUGUGACGUUCCUGUUUGCUGUUAUAGUUAUUUGAUGGAAACGAGAACGAUGAAACAAUAAAAGUGUACGUUCUUCACCUGGACUCAAUCUAUGCUCGAUAUCUGCGUAUCAACCCGCAAAGCUGGGAACAUGACAUAUGUUUACGUACCGAGAUAUAUGGUUGCCCUUAUGACGUGAACAAAAGUAAGUAA